GACUGGCCAAAGCAAAAGGCGAAGGAGGGAGCGUCUGUGCGUAGCAUCCCUCUUCAGUCUUCACCCGUUCUGUGCCUUCGUUUUGUGAUGGCCGGUGCGACGUUGCUUCACUCUUCUCCAUAUACGCUUUCGUCCUUCGUGGCUCGCCGGUUUUCUCUGCAACCCGGUAGCUACAGCCGUUUCCACCGGUUCACGUCAACUAGCUGUCGUCUCAGUCAUUCCUUACGCCGUAAUAAACCUCCCCGGCUCGCCGUUCUCGCGCAAGCCCGGCGAGGAUUUUCUUCUAAAUUCAGCAGCGAUGAAUUUGCAUCUCCGGAUGAUUUGUAUAUUCAGGAGCCUCUGAAAAUAGUAGAAUAUCCAGAUCCUGUACUUAGAGCGAAGAACAAAAUGAUUGGAACAUUUGAUGAAAAUUUGAAGAAGCUAGCAGAUGAAAUGUUCGAUGUAAUGUAUAGAACUGAUGGUGUUGGACUGUCAGCACCACAAGUUGGAAAAAAUGUUCAGGUUAUGGUAUUCAAUCCGGUUGGUGUACGGGGUGAAGGAAAGGAGAUUGUCCUCGUAAAUCCACGCGUCACCCGAUACUCCCAAAAGGUGUUGCCAUAUAAUGAAGGUUGCUUGUCUUUUCCUCAGAUAUAUGCUGAUGUAGAGAGACCGGAUUCUGUGAAGGUAGAUGCACAGGAUAUUAAUGGGGCAACUUUCACAGUUCGAUUCACAAGGUUUCCCGCCCGGGUGUUCCAGCAUGAAUAUGAUCAUUUGCAGGGAAUUCUUUUCUUUGACCGAAUGUCUGAUAAAGUCCUAGACAGUAUACGGAAAGAUUUAGAGGCUUUGGAAAAGAAAUAUGAGGACAGGAUUGGGUUGCCAAGCCCUGAAAAGAUUAAUACACGUAAAAGUAGUCCAGCUGCUAUUGGAUUUGGAAAUUCAUGAACCCUGGAAAUUGUGAGUUGCUGCAGUUUUGAAAUAUUAGAGUUUCUUUUUUGUCUGGAUUGCCCUGUAGUUUUUGUUAUACAAAUACGUGAAACUGUUAGAGUACUUUUUAUUGGGCAAAGUACAAGUUAGAAUGCAAGUGCUCAUGCACCUUGGUUGUUAUUGGUUUGUUAUGCCCUUGUAAAUUUAUUUACCUCUGUAACUUUUUCUACAUGAGUUAGAUACUCUGAAAGGAAAUAUUUAUCGGGUUAUAUUUCUAGAUUGAAUCUUAUUUUGAUGUGG